AUGGAAGCGUCGUGGACGAAAUCGGCAGAUGAGUGCUUACAGUAUUUUGAUGUACAGCCAGAAUUGGGGCUAAGCAAAGACCAAAUUGAAGAAGCAGAAGCAAAACACGGAAAGAAUGAACUCCCGGCGGAGGAAGGAAAAUCCCUUUGGGAAUUGAUUGUCGAACAAUUCGAAGAUCUCCUCGUGCGAAUUUUACUGCUAGCUGCGACCGUCUCAUUUGUUCUUGCGUUUUUUGAAGAUGAAGAAGGAUCGAUCACUGCUUUUGUGGAACCAUUUGUCAUUUUGGUUAUUCUUAUCGCUAACGCCAUUGUUGGAAUCUGGCAAGAAAAGAACGCGGAAUCGGCGAUCGAGGCGCUCAAGGAAUACGAAUCCGAAACUGCAAAAGUUGUCCGAGCUGAUAGGAAACAAGUCCAGCAGAUUCCAGCGCGUGAUCUCGUCCCGGGCGACCUUGUUGAAGUGGCCGUGGGAGACAAGAUCCCAGCUGACCUUCGCAUUUUGGCAAUUCGCUCGACAAUCCUCCGAAUCGAUCAGUCACUUCUUACCGGCGAAUCUGUUUCUGUAAUCAAGCACAAUGAGCCCGUCCCUGAUCCAAGAGCUGUCAAUCAGGAUAAGAAGAAUAUGCUCUUUAGUGGAACAAAUGUUUCAGGCGGAAAAGCUUUGGGAAUCGUCGUCAACAUUGGCCAAAAGACUGAAAUUGGACGAAUCAGAAAUGAAAUGGCCGAAACUGAACAAGAAAAGACCCCCUUGGCCAUCAAAAUCGACGAGUUCGGAGAACAGCUUUCCAAGCUCAUUUCCAUCAUUUGCAUCUUGGUUUGGGUGAUCAACAUUGGCCACUUCAACGACCCCGUCCACGGUGGAUCUUACGUCAAAGGUGCCGUCUACUACUUUAAAAUCGCUGUCGCUCUUGCUGUCGCUGCUAUUCCCGAGGGAUUGCCGGCUGUUAUCACCACCUGCCUGGCUCUUGGAACUCGAAGAAUGGCGAAGAAAAACUCGAUUGUAAGAUCACUCCCCUCCGUGGAAACUCUCGGAUGUACUUCCGUCAUUUGCUCUGACAAGACCGGAACUCUAACGACAAACCAAAUGAGUGUUUCAAAAUUAUUCACCGUCCGUGGAAUCUCUGGAGAUAGCGCUGCAUUCGACGAGUUUGGACUCACUGGUUCUACUUAUGAGCCUGUCGGUGACAUUCAAAAGAACGGAAUCAAGAUCGAUACGGUUGAAUAUGACGCACUCACUGAAGUAGCCAUGAUUUGCUCGCUCUGCAACGAUUCUAGCGUCGAUUACAACGCCGUCAAGGACACUUACGAAAAGGUCGGAGAGGCGACGGAAACUGCCUUGACCGUCCUUGUCGAAAAGAUGAAUGUCUUUGGAACCGACAAAAGUGGACUUUCUAAGGCCCAACUCUGCAACGUCGCAAACUCAAAGUUUGCGGAAUUGAUGUCUAAGGACGCUACUCUUGAAUUCUCACGAGAUCGAAAAUCAAUGUCUGUUUAUUGCAGCCCCAAGGCUGGAAACAACGCCGGAAUGGGUAACCGUCUAUUCGUCAAGGGAGCUCCCGAAGGAAUUUUGGACCGAUGCACUAAAGUAAGAAUUGGAAAUUCUACAUCUCCAAUCACACCGGCCAUUCGAGCACAGAUCACCAAGCUCACCGCUGAAUACGGAACCGGUGCUGAUACACUUCGCUGUCUUGCUCUUGCUACUCGCGAUGAGAUUGCUCCGCUGAACUCUCUUAAUCUCCAGGAUAUCACUAAAUUUGCCGAUGUUGAAUCUGACCUGACUUUUGUUGGCGUCGUCGGUAUGCUUGACCCUCCACGAACUGAAGUCAGACCUGCUAUUGCCGAGUGUAGCAAGGCUGGCAUCCGCGUCAUCAUGAUUACUGGAGACAACAAGGCUACCGCUGAAGCUAUUUGUCGAAAGAUUGGAAUCUUCGACGCCGAUGAAGACACAACUGGAAAAGCUUUUACUGGACGAGAGUUCGACGACCUUUCUCCAUUCGCUCAGAAAGAAGCUGUUCUCAAGGCCAAACUUUUCGCUCGAGUGGAACCAUCGCACAAGUCAAAGAUCGUCGAAUACCUCCAGCAAAAUGGUGACAUUACUGCUAUGACUGGUGACGGUGUUAACGAUGCUCCUGCACUCAAGAAGGCUGAAAUCGGUAUCGCCAUGGGCUCUGGAACUGCUGUUGCCAAGACUGCAUCUGAUAUGGUUCUUGCUGACGAUAACUUUUCAUCGAUUGUCGCUGCUGUUGAGGAAGGCCGAGCUAUUUACAACAAUAUGAAGCAGUUCAUUCGAUAUCUUAUCUCCUCUAACAUCGGUGAAGUCGUAUCCAUCUUCCUUGCGGCUGCCCUUGGCGUUCCCGAGGCUCUCAUCCCCGUUCAGCUUCUCUGGGUCAAUCUUGUUACUGAUGGCUUCCCAGCUACUGCGCUUUCUUUCAAUCCUCCAGAUCUUGAUAUCAUGGAAAAGCCUCCUCGACACUCCGAUGACAAUUUGAUUUCCACCUGGCUAUUGAUCCGUUACACUAUCAUUGGUGUCUACGUCGGUGCUGCUACUGUCGCCGCUGCUUCCUGGUGGUUCCUUUUCGCUCCCGAUGGUCCUCAGAUGACGUGGUGGCAAUUGACUAACUAUCUGCAGUGCGCAACUCAACCUGAAAACUUUGAAGGACUCGACUGUGCUAUCUUCCAGGAUCCUCAUCCAAUGACUCUUGCUCUCUCAGUCCUCGUUGUUAUCGAAAUGCUAAACGCUCUCAACUCAGUUUCUGAGAAUCAGUCUAUGCUCGUCAUGCCACCAUGGAGAAACAUGUGGCUUAUUGGAUCGAUCGUUCUCUCAAUGGGUCUCCACUUCGCCAUUCUUCACAUUGAUCCUCUUCCUAUGAUCUUCAAUAUCUGCCCUCUAUCCCUUCUCGAAUGGAAAAUCGUCAUGAAGAUUUCGCUGCCCGUCAUCCUCCUCGACGAAGUAUGCAAGUUCAUCGCUCGAGAAUACGUGGAGAAAGCGCCACAAGCCCCUGUCACCGCCGCCAAGAAAGCUCAAUAA